AUGGCAUUUCUCUUUAUUAGUAAGAGUGACACAUUAGAAUCUGGAGCACCCAUCAAGGGAAUAGCAAUUGCUCCGCAAGCAUUAGGAAACAUAAAGGACGUGCAAGUCUUCUACGACAAAAAGGACAGUAAGCUUUUUGGACUCUUUUCCGCUGGAGCUGAGAGCUUGGUGGUCAAAGCUGCCACGGUAUCUGCUGCAGGGAACAAACAGUUAUGGACUUUCAAUGCCCGCCAAACGGAAGUAUCUGAUGACACCUGGGUGUCCAUGGUAACUAGCAAGACAAUAGCUAGCUUGAAUCCAGAUGGAUCAGUUGUAGUUGGCUGAAAUUUGUUUUAAACCUUGACACGAUAUCAAAAUAAGCACUAUUUUUGUUUUCCAAGGAUUAACAGCAUUAACAGCUUGGGAGUUUUGUAACGGAUGAGAAGAAUAAUAUCGUGCAAUAAAGAUAUUUACCAAAUA